AAUGACAGUUGUUUGUUUUGUUGACUGGUAGUUUGUUUAUAAUAAUUAAUUUGUUUAUUUACUAUUUAAUAAUAAUAAUUAAUUCACAAUGAAACUGCUCAGCAUUGUAAUUCUCGUUCUAAUUAAUUUCACUAAUUUCAUUCAGGGUGGAACAGUUUUACAAUCUAAAGUUCACUACUUAGAACAAAAUGAAAUUUACAAAUACACCCCAGGUCCGUACAACCAAAGGGAACUACACAUUUUUUGCUAUCAAGGCAGACCCAAAUAUAUCAUCCACAUAUGGCAAAGUGUGAUUCUCAAAAUUAUACAUCCAACAGAUGAUUAUACUCAAUUCGAUGGUUUGACUCCUGAAGAUGUACAAAAAGAAUACAAUGAUAAUAGUUACAGUUGGUCCGCUGUGGGUUUAUUUGCUACUAAAUCGAAAAACCUAAAAUUAAACCCUUUUAAUACUAGCUGUAUUGGUAUAGCUAGUAGGGAUAAAUAUUCCAUACACCUUCAAGUAAUCAGUAUAGAUCUAUGGAAAAUUUUAAAUCUUGUUAUAGGCCUGCUGUUAUUUCUUAGUGCUAAAACUUUAAGCCACAAUACUUUAUUCCACUAUUUGUGUGGAAUAAGUUUUGGAAUAUGCGCUUCUUUUCUAAUUUUGAUUUAUUUUGUGAGCAAAAUAUUUCCCAGGAAAACUUUGAUGUACGGAGUCAUUGGAGCAGGAUGGACUAUUGUUAUUUAUUUCCUGCAAAUGCUUUGGGACAAUAUGAAAUUAAUUAUGUCCACUUAUCAAGCUUAUGUUAUUUGGUAUAUUGUUGCUACUGGCACUAUAAGUUUUAUUUUAUGCUACAGAUGGGGUCCAGUUGAAAAUCCUCGCACUAUAAAUUUAAUAAAAUGGGCCUUACAGCUUAUGGGUUUGAUAAGUGUAUUUUUCAGCAGUCACUUUCAAGAAGCCGCAAUGGGGCAAAUAAUUUUGUUGCUAUUAAUAACAUUUUUGCCUAGAAGGUGGAUAACGGCACCUCAAAGGUACUGGAAAAAACGAUUUCCUCCUAAACUCAAGCCAUUAUCAAAUGAUGAGUAUUAUCAGCAAGGGGUAAGAGAAACUACCAAAGCCUUGGAAGAAUUGAGGCAGUUUUGUUCAAGCCCUAAAUGCAAUCAAUGGAAUACUGCUUUGAAAUUAAAAGAUGUGAAAAGGUUUGCAUCUUUCAUAGAAGGCAAUUCACAUUUGUCUGAUGAUGAAAUCUUAGAAUACGAAACGUCUUUAGUUAGAGACAAUUUAAUAGAUGAUAGUAGUGAUGAGGAAGCUAGUAGAAUAUCAAUAUCAGAAGAUGAAAGUAGCUAGACAAUGGAUUUUUAAUCAAUUAACUAUGUGAUACUAAAUCAUUUUUCUCUUAAUGAUCAAAAGUAAUUGGAUAGCUUUAUAAAGUAAGAGUCCCACUGUAUCUAUGACCAACUCAACUUUUUACCAAUAAAUUUGACUUUUGUAAAGCUAUCUAAAGCUGAGUAAAUGGUAUCCAUUAAUUUCAUUUUCAGUUUCACUCUACAAUAACUGUUCAUAUUAUUAUUAAUAAUUAGAGAAUAAUUAUAUACCGUGAUUUGCAUUAGAAGUUUUCCAAAUUGCAGGUGAAUUAGUAGAAAUACCAUCUGAUCCACCUGCAAUCUAAUGUUCAAAUUACGUAAAUCACCCUGUAUAUAUAACAUUUUUCGAAUAAUGCUCAAUGGUUUUAUUUUUCGUUUAAACAAAAUAAAUAAUAUGUUUUUUUUGUACAAUUUAUAUUAUUUUAAUUUAAUCCAAAAUCAGUUCCCACAAAAAAAAUCGAUUAUAAGGAAAUAUCAGACACAUUUUCUGUAUCCGGAUCGCUUUGACAUCUUGAAUCACCUCCUGGAGCGCAAUCAGCUUUAGUGGCUUCAGAAGUUGUCCUAAACAUAAUCACAAUGGGUUAUUUUCAAUUAAAAAUUACAUUCAUAUACUCAUUCUCUUCUUUCCAAUUUGUCUGAGUCGUUUUACAAAUACUCUUGGAAGCUUUCUUAUAGUAAUUGGCCACAAUUCGAUUCAAUGAAGCAACGAUUUUUACAGCGCGUCUCAAUUCCAGUUCGUAUUUUUUGUUUUGACUUUGCAAAUUUAUGUUGGUCGUUUGGAUUUGCUCAAUUUGGUUUUUCAAAGCUUUUAAAUGUUCUGUUGAUAUUGUUGCGAUGUCUUUUUUUUUAUUAU